AUGGGGAACGCAGUCAGGGCCCUGGUGGCCCUCAUCCCUGCUGACCGCUGCCAGAAGUUCGUGGCGGGUGAGCUCCAGGAGAUGCCCCUGGACAGGACGGUGGACCUCAGCGGGCGCCAGCUGCGCCGCUUUCCCCUGCACGUGUGCGCCUUUACGGAGUUGGUCAAGCUGUAUCUGAGUGACAACCACCUGCACAGCCUGCCCCCGGAGCUGGGCCGCCUGCAGAACCUGCAGAUACUGGCCUUGGAUUUCAACCACUUCCAGGCCCUGCCCCGAGUGGUGUGCACCCUCAACCAGCUCUGUAUCCUCUACCUGGGCAACAACAAGCUCCGCGACCUCCCCUGGGAGCUCAGCCUUCUCCAGAACCUCCGGACCCUGUGGAUUGAAGCCAACCGCCUGCCCCGGCUGCCGGAAGUAGUCUGCGAGCUGCGCCUCCUCAGGACCCUGCACGCAGGCUCCAACGCCCUGCGCGGGCUGCCCGGCCAGCUCCAGCGCCUCGGGGAGCUCCGGACCAUCUGGCUCUCAGGCAACCUGCUGAGUGACUUCCCGCCGGUGCUGCUGCACAUGCCUUCCCUGGAGGUGAUUGACGUGGACCAGAACCACAUCCAGCACUUCCCCAGCCUGGCCCACCUGUCAGGCCUGAAGCUGGUCAUCUAUGACCACAACCCCUGCAGGAACGCACCCAAGGUGGCCAAGGGCGUGCGCCGCGUGGGAAGGUGGGCGGAGGAGACGCCAGAGCCCGACCCCAGGAAAGCCAGGCGCUAUGCUCUGGUCCAGGAGGAAAGCCAGGAGCCGCAGACACUUGCUCUCCCUCCUCCCCUCCUUCCUCCAGGCUCUUGA